AUGUCAACCAACGGGAUUUCUUUUGCUUCGCCUCCACUUUCUCCUGGUUCUCCGACCAAUACUUCAGCUUAUACCGGAUCUCGAGACACUGAGAUGAUAUGCCUGCUAACUUCUAUUGAAGACGAAAAUCCGAGGUCCAGAUCCUCCUCACCCAAAAGAUCGAGGAUGUCCUACCAACCUUGUCGGGACCGUGGUGAACGACAAGGUUCGGCUCGUCCGAGCAACGAUACGAGUGGCCGCUCAUCGGUAGCCCCAGGCACGAUGACUUAUAGUCAGGAGACUCCAAGCAUGACCAGCACUUACCAUAACGCCCCUGGCCAGUAUGGUGCCCCGUAUGGCGGUCAGUACGGCGGUCAGUAUGCUGCCCAAACCGGUUAUCAGCAGGGUUCACAAUUCGGUUCUCAGUAUGGUGGCCACUUUCAAGAACCGUACGAUCCUCGCGCACCAGAGAUGGCCAGCUACGGUCCUUCUCAGCCUCGCCCCCGCAGCAACUCGGAGAUGACCGGCGGGGGUUCAGUUCCCUUGAGCUCCGUUGUGCCCGGCAACACAUAUCCCACUCGGGAGCAGCUCGAAGUCGCCUACGCCUACGGUAUCCAGCGUGAGGAUGGUUCUUAUACUCGUCUAAUCCGUGCGGAUGAGGUGAAUGACAUUCAAAAUGUCCCUCGAGGUCAAGGUCCAGAGGGCUUGAUUAUCCUCCCAUCUCCUCGUCAGGCCGACCCGUCGCAUCGCGUUGGCCCCGAGCCCAUGAUCCCGAGCUCCGUUAUCAAUGCAUUGCCAGCCAAUCGUCCUCGGGGCGCCCACGCCUCUAGCCCGAGUUGCCAUGAUCCGAACGAUGCCACCCAGGCACAGAUUGAUGCCAUCGUAGCUGCCCACCCUACUGGUCCAGUUGCCCCGAUGGCUCAGCACACUCCGCACCCUCAGCACCCUCAACACCCUCCGCAUCCUCAAUUUCCUCACCGCCCACGUCGUGAGAAGAUAUACUGCGACAAGUGGAUCCACGAGGGCACGUGUGCGUUCACCCAGAUGGGGUGCAAGUAUCGCCACGAGAUGCCAAUGGAUCGUGAGACUCAACUCUCCCUAGGUUUGAACCACGGUCUCCCUAAUUGGUACCGACGGGAGUACGGCGUCAACAUACAAUCACCACUUGCUCCACCUGCUCUUCCUGGCCCGUCUACCAAUCGUUUGAAUGGCCCAUGGCGUCGCUUGGAGGCCGCUCAGGCCGACCCCGGAUAUGCAGCUACGGUCUCGCCUUCUCCGGGACCAAGCAUGCGAACAACAGUUCCUAACACUCCGAUUAUGCGAGGUGGAUACGGACCUAUCGCUCCCCCUCCCGGUCAGAGUGGACAUUCAUUCUCGCAUACAAACCCCUUUGCCUCUCUAAAGAUUGAGGAGGGCGAGGAAGAAGAUGAUGACCAAGUCACAUAUCGUGGACGUGGCGGUCCUCCAGGCCCUACCCAAAAUCCCCAUCAACAAUGA